GGUCUUUUCUCUUCCAUCAUACUGUAUGAUUUCUUUGAAUUUAUACGUAGGUGGCGACAUUUUAUUUAGUCAAUAAUUUCUUAACUUUUUUGGGAUAUUGUGGAAAAAUAGUUACAUUGUGCCUAGUUAAUUAUAAAAAUGGCAGAUAAUGAACAAAAAGCGAUGCAGCUGAUAGCUGAAGCCGAAAAGAAGCUGACUUCUUCGAAAUCCUUUCUUGGUUCCCUGUUCGGUGGCUCCUCGAAAGUGGAAGAAGCUGUUGACUGCUACCUCCGUGCAGCCAAUCUGUUUAAGAUGGCCAAAAAGUGGGCUCAGGCGGGUCAAGCGUUCUGCAGUGCAGCACAGCUUCACCUCAAGGCUGGAGUCCGGCAUGAUGCGGCCAACAACUUUGUAGAUGCCUCCAAUUGUUACAAAAAAUGUGAUCCCAAUGAGGCUGUAUCCUGUUUGUUAAAAGCCAUUGAAAUUUACACUGACAUGGGACGUUUCACUGUUGCUGCGAAGCAUCAUCAGAACAUCGCAGAGUUGUACGAGACCGAGUGUGUAGACCUGGGGCGUGCCAUGCAGCACUACGAGCAGGCGGCCGACUACUUCCGCGGGGAGGAGUCCACCUCCUCCGCCAACAAGUGCAUGCUGAAGCUGGCGCAGUACGCCGCCCAGCUCGAGCACUACGACAAGGCCAUACAGAUCUACGAGCAGAUAGCCAAGUCGUCGCUGGAGAACAGCCUGCUGAAGUACUCGGCCAAGGAGUACAUGUUCCGCGCGGCUCUGUGCCACCUGUGCGUGGACCUGUUGAACGCGCAGCACGCGCUGGACAAGUACGGAGCGCUAUACCCCGCCUUCGCCGACACCAGGGAGUGCAAGCUGCUCAAGGAGCUGCUCGAACAUUUGGAGGAGCAAAACUUGGAGGGGUUCACCGAAGCGGUCACCAACUACGACAGCAUCUCGCGUCUGGACCAGUGGUACACCACCAUGCUGGUGCGCAUCAAGAAGCAGAUCAACGACAACCCUGACCUGCGCUAGACGCGACCAGCCAUCGCAGCCCGCUCCUCGACAUCCGCUAUCAUGUAUCCCAAUAUCGCUUGUCAUCAUAACUCACCACUUACUCACCGUUCGUAUUUAGUAAUUAAUAUUCCAUCACUAAACAUCUGUGCACUCUCAUUGUUGUCGUGUAACUUGUUUCCAGAUGUAAUUCUUACAGUCUUCAUUGAUUCUUUGUAGAUUAGCACUAAACUUGAUUUAAUUAUUUAGUAAUUUUAUGGAAUCCUAGUUUUUUUUAUGACGAGACAAGCAGGACGUUCAGCUGAUGUUACUUGAUGCAGUGCCGCUCUGGAUUCUUUAUGAACCCAAAAGUAAUGAGCGGCACUACAGCUGCGCUCGUCACCUUGAGACAUAAGAUGUUAAGUCUCAUAUGUCCAGUAAUUUCACUAGAUACGGCGCCCUUCAGAUAGAAACACAGUAAUGUUUACACAUUGCUGCUUCACGGCAGAAAUAGGCGCCGUUGUGAUACCCAUAGUCUAGCCGGCAUCCUGUACAAAGUACCUACUGGUGAAACUUAUCAAAGGCUUGAGCUAGUCUUUAUUGUAUCAGUAUGUAGGGCUGAUAUUUCUUAGUCUUGUUCAUAUUGUUUGUACUUACACCUCGGUAGCGGUAGAGGAAAGAAAGAAAUGAACUGUGUAGUUAAUUCCUUGUAAAAGUAUCUUUCAUUGUAUUAGGUAUGUGUUGUGCGGUCAAUGUUUGUGUAGCGGUCCAUAUACUAUAAUAUUUGGACGUCGUUUUAAUGAAAAGCGUCACGUUACGUUACGUGUGAUGAUAUUUUUCUUUAUCAAUGUUACGUUAGGUAUUGAUUUAAUUGUAGAGGUAGAACUCUAAAACUGCUCAAUGAGGCGUUGAUCUAAACACAAUCGAACGAUGCGUUCAUAUUCCAUUAGUUCUGACAGUCUAUAAAGUGUCAAUUUUUAUAAACACAAACUAUGUGUUUGGUUUAAAUUCUAUGGAUUUUUAUUAAUACAAGAGUUACAUGAAGACUUUCUCGUAAGGGUGAUUUUAAAAUAAAAUUGAUUUCCCCUAGAAAUAGUGAAUUUAAGUAUAACUAGGUGUAAUUGUGACGAACGGUGAGGUUACUACGUGUAUUGAUAUAAUAUAGCUUUUACGGUGUAUUUGGUUAGCGUUACAUUGUUGGACAUUUUAAGUGCACAGAGGUUCAAUGUACCUACAUUUAGGUAUUAGUCGGUAAAAUAGUGACACGGCUUAGUUUUCUAACAUAUAAAAAAUUAUUAUUCUGAUUGUUAUUCACUUCUCUAAUUAAUAAAAAAUAAGGGUUUAAGUGACAAGAUAUAAUAAUGAAUGGAAGCAACAUAUUAUAUUAGACUUGUUUUUGCAAUAUCCAUGGAUAGGAAUGCUAUGCGUAGGUUAUUAUAAUUUCUCCAUGUUGGACGUUUUAGUUUCUAUUAAAUGUUGAUUAAUACCAGUUAAAUUUUAGUAUAUGGCGUUUAUUUUAUUGAAAGUGUAUCGUUUAACUCUUACUGGUCAACAAUCUAACAACUAUACGUUCAUAACGCUAGUACAUAGUCAGGUUUCAGUAGGAAAACUAUAAAUUAUUAUUGUAGUUAUUAAGUUUUCUAACGUUCGGGACGGGAUGCACUUACUAUAUUAAGCGAAAUAUCGUUGGGCGAAUAAUUGUAGCUCCAAGUAUAUCAAACACACCGUGACGUCACUGAUUCCAAGUUCCAUUGUUGUAAUGAUGUAUCAUGUUGUAAAUAUUAUUUAAAUUUUCUUUAUUAAUAAAUAUAUUUAUUAGUUUA